AUGAGACACUAUCAGGAUACUCCCCAUCAAGAUCCAGAGGAGUUGUAUGUCAAGCAAGACAGAAUCGGGAAGGGGUCUUUCGGAGAAGUCUACAAAGGAUAUGACAAGCGAACUAUGAAGACUGUCGCCAUCAAGAUCAUAGAUCUCGAAAGCGCAGAAGAUGAGAUAGAGGACAUUCAGCAAGAGAUACAGAUUCUAUCACAGCUAGACUCACCACACGUUACCAAAUAUCAUGGAUCCUUCCUCAAGGGUUCCAAUCUCUGGAUAGUCAUGGAAUACUGCUCGGGCGGCUCAUGUUCUGAUCUGAUGAAACCCGGCGUAUUUCGGGAAGAGUACAUUGCAAUCAUUGUCCGAGAGCUUCUCCGCGGACUUGACUAUCUGCACACGGAGGGCAAGCUCCAUCGGGAUAUCAAAGCUGCCAACAUACUGCUUUCCGCAGGAGGCGAUGUCAAGCUUGCCGAUUUUGGUGUAUCUGGGCAGCUAUCUGGAACUCUGUCCGCCAAGAAGAACACCUUUGUCGGCACGCCAUACUGGAUGUCGCCUGAGGUAAUCAAGCAGAGCGGUUAUGACCACAAAGCGGAUAUAUGGAGCUUGGGUAUCACUGCAAUUGAGCUGGCAAAGGGAGAGCCACCGUACGCGGAGCUUCAUCCGAUGAAGGUGCUAUUCCUGAUUCCCAAGAACCCUCCGCCGCAGCUGGAGGGUCACUUCUCCAAACCAUUUCGGGACUUUGUUGCGUAUUGUUUGCAACGAGAUCCCCGCGAUCGUCCGACAGCACGCGAGCUCUUGAAGCACAAGUUCGUUCGUAUGGCAAAGAAGACUAGUUACCUCACAGAACUGAUCGAGAGGCAUGAACGAUGGAAGGCCGAGGGUGGAGAUCGCACAGAGGAAGAGGAGCAGGUAGUUAAUCAGGAAUUACCCGCAAACGCUGACCUAGAAGACCUCUGGGACUUCGGCACUGUCCGACACACGGGGCGACCGGGGACGAUUGGGCGCGCACAGAACUCGACCAAGGUCUCCGGUCCCCCCCUCACAUGGGAAAUGAACGGAACUUCUCACGAAACAUCAACAUCAUCAACAUCAACAUCAUCAACACCAUCAUCAUCAUCAUUUUCCAUUACAGCGAAAAAGGCGUCCGGAUCAUCCAUAAGGUCUAAGACCGAGCUGCCGCCGUUGCCAUCAUUGCCUUCGUCCCCACCGCAGCUCCCGCCCGCACCACCGCCCGCUAAAGUACCAAGCGUGUAUGAACAAGCUACUGUGAGGCACAUGCCGACCGGAGGGCCCAGCAGCGAGAAACCAUCGGGCCACGAGCGGGAGUCUUCUGAUGAAGAUUAUGAUGACCAAUACUUGGACACUUAUCCAAGAGGCGCGUCUGUUCACGAGAAACAGGAUGAACCGGACGACGACGACGAGUUACCUGAUACCACUAUGCUUGACUCUGUCAUAUUACCCGCAAUAGCUUCGCUUUUCCCUCGAGUAUCGACACAGGAAGCGCGAGUCGCGCUAAGCGCCCUACAGCGGGCAUUUAAUGAGGCUGAGCGCAUCAUUCCAGGCGUGACCAUGGAACUCGUGAACGAGAUUGUGGACUCCGUGGAGCGAGUGGAAGAUGAUCACCAGCAGUAG